AUGAACCCAUCGAACACACCCGUUCCUAUUCAAUCCUCAGAUAUCCACCACGGCAAAGACAUCCUUCGCAGCACUGGUAUGAGUGACGGAACAGCUCGUCGCGUAACGGCAUCCCCUAGCACCAAAAGUACCCCCACAGCCAUGGCUGCUAAAACUCCAAGUUCCGACGGGGCCAACCAUGUCCCAGCUUCCGCCUCCAAGGCGGAUCGACCUGUAACAACCAGUCAGAUUCAGACUUAUCUAUCUGUGACCUUCAAGAAUUUUCUGGGGUUCAUGUCCGGCAUGAAAAUGCUGGUGUUGGUGAUUCUUUGCCUACAGAAUUCGAUCUUUACCGUCCUCCGUCGAUACAGCCAGGGGGUGCUGAGGGAGUCAUACUCCAAGCAUGAAGUUUUGUUGGUGGGGGAAAUUAUCAAAAUGGCUUUCUCCGCCUGGAUGAUCUCGAAAAGUCUUCCAGAGGAUUGUCCAGAUCUCAAGACGAGGCUCCAAUACCUCGUCGAUACUUCCAAGAAAAUGUUCAUUUUGGCUCUUAUUUAUGGCGCCAUGAACAUUCUAUCCUUUGUCUCCCUUCGCAAUAUUGGAGCGGGAAUGUUCACCAUUUUUGCACAGUGCAAGAUUAUGACGACGGCUACCUGUUCCGCCAUUAUUUUGAAACGAUCCUAUUCUUGGGCUCGUUGGCGCGCCUUGAUAUCACUCAUGAUGGGUGUAUUGCUCUUUUCGGAACCUAUUUGGGGAAAUCCUGACAACAUGGCGGCCAACGAAGGAGGAAAUGCAUUGGUUGGUACAGCCGCUGUUUUGAUCGAAGUCACUCUCAGUGGUUUUGCCUCUAUUUACUUUGAAAAAGUGAUCAAAACCGAUCCUCUUCAACUGGGUAUCUGGGAACGAAAUUUCCAACUGGCUCUGAGCAGUUGCCCUGUGUAUCUGGCCUUUAUGCUUUUUAAUAGGGGUGGCGAAGCGGGUCUCUUUGGAGGCUGGUCCUUGGUCUCUUUUAUGUUGUCAUUGCUGGGUGCCGCAGGAGGACUUUUGGUAGCUUUAUCCAUCAAGUACGGAGAUUCGAUUCUCAAAACGUUGGCAACUACUGGUGCCAUUAUCCUGUCGUCACUCUUGGAUCACUACCUUCUGGGAGGACCCUUGACUGCUGUCAUGAUGAUUGCUGGAGUACAGGUGAUUAUUUCAAUUUGCAACUAUACCUUCGACGCAACCCCGGUAGAACCUUUGGUCCCCGAGCCUGUAAACAAAAUUGACUUGAGCGCAAAGACCCAAGACGAUGUCGAAGAGGCUCCCCUGAUAUCAAAAUCUACUUCCGAAUAA